AUGCUGUCAGCACUGCGGUACUUGGGGCGACCCCGUGGCCCAGCGCUCGGGGGCUUCCCUGAGGUGUUCUGGUCGCUUCGUGGAAGUCGGCUGCUGCUGCUCGGUUUUCUUUAUGGCCGCAGUGCCAGCACUAACUCCUUUGAUUUGGUCGUCAUUGGUGGUGGAAUUGUGGGGCUUGCCUCUGCCAGAGCACUCAUCCGGCGGCAUCCAGCACUUUCCAUUGGUCUGCUGGAAAAGGAAAACAAAUUAGCUGUUCACCAGACUGGACAUAACAGUGGUGUCAUACAUAGUGGAAUUUAUUAUAAACCUGCAUCUUUGAAAGCUAAACUGUGUGUUCAAGGUGCAUCCCUCCUCUAUGAGUACUGUGACAAAAAGGGAAUUCCCUACAAGCAGUGUGGCAAGCUUAUAGUCGCUGUUGAACAAAAAGAAUUUCCCACACUUAAGGAUCUGUAUGAAAGAGGCCUUCAGAAUGGUGUCCGGGGUCUGAGACUGAUCCAACAAGAAGAAAUUAAAAAGAAGGAGCCGUAUUGUAGGGGUCUAAUGGCUAUUGAUUGCCCAUAUACUGGCAUUGUGGACUAUCGGCAGGUGGCUUUGUCAUUUGCCCAGGAUUUCCAAGAUGCAGGUGGCUCAGUUUUGACAAAUUUCGAAGUAAAAGAUAUUGAAAUGAUGAAAGAAAGCCCUUCAGGAAGUCAGGAUGGAAUGAAAUAUCCAGUUGUCAUUAGGAAUACAAAGGGAGAGGAGGUUUGGUGUCAGAAUGUUAUAACAUGUGCAGGACUUUAUUCAGACCGUAUUUCAGAGAUGAGUGGCUGCAAUCCUGAUCCUCGAAUUGUACCCUUCCGAGGUGAUUAUCUGCUCUUGAAACCAGAAAAAUCCUAUCUUGUAAAAGGGAAUAUUUACCCGGUUCCAGAUAGCCGGUUUCCUUUUCUAGGAGUUCACUUCACACCAAGAAUGGAUGGCAGUAUUUGGCUAGGGCCUAAUGCAAUUCUUGCCUUUAAACGAGAGGGUUACAAACCCUUUGAUUUCAGUGUCAGAGAUGUUAUGGAUAUAAUUAUCAACAGUGGCUUGGGUAAACUCGUAUUCGAGAAUUUCUCCUUUGGAGUUAGUGAAAUGUAUAAGGCCUGUUUUCUCAGUGCAACAGUGAAGCAUCUUCAGAAGUUCAUCCCUGAAAUCACUAUCGGUGAUCUACUUAGAGGUCCAGCCGGAGUAAGAGCCCAAGCCUUGGAUAGAGAUGGAAAUUUGAUAGACGAUUUUGUAUUUGAUGGAGGGAUUGGAGAAAUUGGAAGUCGCAUUCUUCAUGUGAGAAACGCACCUUCCCCAGCUGCCACUUCUUCCCUUGCCAUUUCUGCGAUGAUUGCAGAUGAAGUGCAACAAAGAUUCGGGUUGUAAAUCAUGAAA